CUUAUAAUUGUUUACAUUGUAUUUUGCGUUCGAGUCGUGAGCUGAUGUGCACCGACUGGACACAUGACGGUUUGACGUUAUUGUCGUGAAGUUGUAAAUUUCCAUGUAAUACCUAUGUUAGCGAAUUCCGUUUUAUUAAUCGAACAUUAUUAUUAAUACACAACCACGGCCAACGGGUGGUUUUAGUCUUAUCGUUUUUAUAAAGAUAUGAUGGAUUGAUAUUCGAUGUUUUGAUCAAAUCAUCGGCCGUCUUAUGAUCUGAUUUUCGUAAACGUAUAAACCCGUUCGUCGCAAAAUCGUCGUUUAUCUGUUUUAUCGUUGAUGAUACAAUUGAUACUCACCACUCGCGUUACUACGGUCUACGUUAGACGCUUGUGACUCGUGCCUCAUAGCCCAGUGGACUGUGACCAAAAAUGGCAGACCAUAAUUAUUGUGAUAAUGAGAAUGUAUUAAAAUCCACUGAACCAUCUAUUAGUGAAAAUUAUGAAUCAAAAUGUGUAAUAUCCAUGUCAGAUGAUCCUGAGUAUGAAGAAGUACCUAAAUCUGGCCCUCAGACAAGGCUUAAAUCAAAAAAAAAGUCUGAACAAUCUCAAUCCACUUGGUCACCAGUUCGAACUGCUCCAGGUCUACGGCCAAAUUGCACAAUAUUUUAUGAUGGAAAUGGAUUUGCUUACCAUAACCAUAAAAUUGCAAAUAAUAAAAAGUAUUUAAAAUGUACCCAAAAAGGUAUUAAAAAGAAACCAUGUCCAGCUAGAGCUGUUAUUAGAAAUUAUGACAACAUGAUUCGUCAUUCAGGAGAACCACACACACAUAAACCAAGAAACUAUGAUGAAGAAUUACUGAAGAGAAACUUUUUAAUGAAAAUUAGAGAGAGAGCAAUCAAUGAAAACACACCUAAUAGAAUAAUUUUUGAUGAAGAAAUAAAAAAAACACCAAAACUUAGGGGAAAAGUAACAUUUUCGAGUACUGCAAGAAGGAUGCAGAGAUUUCGCCAACCACAAAAAAUGCAAGGCCCACUAUUUCCUAUAGAAGACAAUGAACUCAUUGAUGCAAUAAAUGAUUACAAAAAUAUUCCACAUGAAAAUACUACUAAUAAUAGUGAAGAUGAAGACUGUAAACCGGAUAUAUCGUUUGAUGCAGAGAAUCACAUGGAAGUGAUAGAAGUUGAUGACAUUGAUAUGGAAAGUAAUGAAUUUAAUGAUGAGGUUGAAAGUGAAACUUUUAAUGAAAAGGAAAAUGUUUCAAAAAAUAUUAAAAAAGAAAAAGAUGCAACUGUGAAUAUGUUUUGUUGUAUUUAUUGCAAUAAGUGGCAAGAACCUCAACUUUUUGAAUUUGUACCUAAUCAAAAAUCUAAAACAAUUGAAUUGAGAGAAAAAUUAGAAAAAGAUAAUGUACCAUUACCUAUUGAUUGUUCUAGUCCAGUUAUUGUUAGUCCUUCUGAAAAUAUAUUAGAUAAUAAUCAAACUUCUACUCUUGACUAUUCUGAAGUUCAUGAAGACAUAUCUCAAACUAAUGAUAGUAAUAAAGACACAUUUAAACAAGAAAACGAUGAAAGUGUAGAUGAAGAUAAUAGUAUUUUAGAAACUGCUAAUCCAGACACAUUUAAACAAGAAAACGAUAGUGUAGAUGCGAGUAUUAGUAUUUCAGAAAAUGAUAAUCCAGAAGCACAUGAAUUACAUGAAUCAUCUAGUCAAGAAAAAAAAAAAAAAAAARMUGAACGCAAAUUAGGAUUUUUACAGAUGCGAAUAGAUUCUACAAUAUAUUUUGAUAAUAUGGGUUAUAGUUACCAAAUACAGAAUGAAAAAAAUGAUAAAAAGUACUUAAGAUGUGUUGUUUGGGGUAAAAAGAAGUGUCCGGGUCGAGCCCAUUUAAACGUAAAGACAUUGAGUAUUAUUAGGUCUAGAGGUCACAAUCACUUACCAUCAUCUAAUUGUGAUGCUGAAAAACAAGCUAGAGCAUUUUUGCAUGCUAUUAAACAAAGGGCUCAAGAUGAAGAUACUCCCUUAAAAACCAUUUAUGCUGAAGAAAUACUGAACUUUCCUCUUGCUAGUAAUGUGGUUAAUUAUGCAAAUGCUACCAGACGAAUGCAACGGACAAGGAGAUUGAAAAAUCAACCCAGUACAGUAUUACAAAAAGAACCACCAUUAUUAUUAUCUGUUCAAGUGAUACCGGGUACUCGUCGUGGAACGUCUUUAUACUUGGAUGAACUAGGUUAUUAUUACCAUAAUGAUGCAUUAACCAACAAUGGAAAAAUAGUAAGAUGUACCAAAAAUAGAAAAACAGCAACUGAUGAAGCGUGUCAUUCGAGAGGAUUUAUGCGUGCAUCAGGAGAUGGAUUUGUCAUAUACAGAACUAAAGAUCAUAAUCAUCCACCAGUGGAUCUAAAAAGAAAUCCAUUGGAACGAUCAUUCAUUAAUACCUUAUGUGAACGGGCACGAAAUGAGCUUCACCUGGGUCUUAAAGAGAUUUACAAUGAAGAAGUUGAAAGAUUUAUUGAUGCGGCAGAAAAAAUUCCUUAUCGAAUGGCAUGGCGGAGUAUGGCAAGAACAAGACAACCUCCUAAAGUAUCUGGUGAAGUAAAAUUAGUUAGUGUAUCAGUUAUAUCUGAUGGAAUGGUCAUGUGGGAUGGAUAUACACUGUAUAGAGAUGAAAUAGGAUUUUUAUACUCAUUAAGGAAAGGAAGAAAAUUUGCAUGGUGUCAAAUGAAUACAAAAUUAAAAUGUUCAGUUAAAGGCUCAAUAUCAGUUGAAAAUGAUACUACAAUGUUAGAGUUUACUGGAGAACACAAUCAUUUACCUUUGAGUAACGAUGAGUUUCAAGCAGCUAUUUUUCUUGAAAAAAUAAUGCUUAAAUGUUUGGAAGAUGAUAGUAAACCAAAGAAAUUGUAUGAUGAAGAAUUAGUUAACUUUCCUGGUGUUGAAAAACGAGUAUCAUUAGCAUAUGCACGCGAGAAAAUAAAAGCCAGGAGAAAAAGUGCAUUAAAAAAAAAUUCAUCACAUGAAUUGUUAGAAACAACCUGUGAACCAUUGAAAUAUAUUGAGUUUUGGGAUGAAGAGAAUAACUCUAUUGAUGAUGAAGACUUAAAUGAGGAUAUAUACUCUGAUGGUGACGAUUUUAGUGAAAAGUCUAAGGAUUCUUAUGAUAUCUACUCAGAUGAACAAGGAUUCAAAUUUACAAUAGUCAGUGUAAAAGAUGAAACUAGAUAUUUAGAGUGUAUACAGAAGCACACUGGAUGCAAUGCCAAAGGAGAAAUGUUUAAAGGCGAAAAUGAUGAGUGGCUAUUUGUUCUUCAUAGCUACUCCCACAACCAUUUACCUCACGAUGAUCAUUCAAAUGAUGAAUAAAAGUUUGAUUAAAAGUCAAUAGAUAGUUAAAAUUGUGAAAUUUAAUAUUUUCAAUUGAGUCAUUGCAUUAUUUUUCUUCGUGGUGUCUUAUAUGAACUAUCUUGUUCUAUAUAUUAUUCUUACUAGUUUCCAUGUAUAUAUAAAUAAAUGUUUUAAUAAUUCUUAACACAAUAAUAUAA